UACAAACUCCUCCGGGAGUAGGCGCCUGCAAGGUGUUCCACAGAUGUUGAUCCUGCUAAAUGGUGGAAGGUCUUUUGACAAUGUAGAUACCCCAGCUUCUGCUCUCAAACAGCAGGGCAUCUUUGUGAUUGGCAUUGGAACCAGGAGCUCUGACAGUGGAGAGCUGAAGAAGAUAUCAUACGACCCUCGUUAUGCUCUAUCAGUGUCUGAGUUUACUGACCUCCCCAGUGUCCAAGAACAGCUCUCGUCUGUAAUGAGCACAGUGUUAGUGAGAGCUACGCCCAUGACACCAAAAGAAACUGUGGAGAGACAGCCACCAGGAAGGGAUGUUGUGUUCUUGUUGGAUGGAUCUGAUGGUACUAGAACUGGAUUCCCAGCUAUGCAAGACUUUGUCCAAAGAAUAGUAGAGAAGCUCAGAGUGGAUGACAACCAAGACCGUGUUUCAGUGGUUCAGUACAGCAGAGAUCCAGCUGUCAAUUUCUAUCUGAACACAUACACGACAAAAGGCGAGAUCCUUGACACUGUCAGAGGUUUGAGGCACAAAGGCGGAAGACCCCUCAACACUGGAGCAGCUCUCCAGUACUUGAGGGAUAAUGUCUUCACGGCCUCUGCCGGAAGCAGGCGCCUGGAAGGAGUUCCACAGGUCCUGAUAUUGCUAAGUGGUGGAAGGUCUUUUGACAGUGUUGAUGCACCAGCCUCUGCUCUCAAACAACUGGGUGUCCUGACCUUUGCAAUUGGAACCAGGAGCUCUGAUAGUAGAGAACUAGAGAAGAUAUCCAACGAUCCCAAUUAUGUUCUAUCUGUGUCUGAAUUCACUGACCUUCCAAGUAUCCAACAGCAACUUCAGUCCUCAGUGGAGGCUGUGGUUAUUGAAGACACCCCAGAAACACCAACUGUACUUGUUGACACUGCCAAAAAGGAUAUUGUAUUCCUUCUGGAUGGUUCUGAUAGCACAAGGAAUGGCUUCCCUGCCAUGCGUGAUUUUGUUGAGAGAGUGGUGGAGAAACUCAAUGUGGGAGGGAACAAAGACCGUGUCUCUGUAGUCCAGUACAGCAGAGAUGCAGAGGUCAAUUUCUACCUGAAAACAUACACCACAAGAGAGGAUAUUGUGGAUUCGGGAUAA